UUGAUUGCUUGAAUUUAAGAAAUGUAAAUUUGUCGUUCAGAGAAAGAAGUCCGUGAUUCUCCACCCACUAGGCCAACCUUUUUGGUGGUUUACCUUCUACACUGAACGUUAGCUAGGAAGAUCUGCAUCAUUUUCCCUAUUUUCAGCCUUUACAGUGACAAAAAAUGGAAGCUCUUCUCUACCAAUUCACCUUGCUCUCCAACCAAGCUUGCCAAGACAAAAACUACGAUCCCUCCUCCACUGAUGACCUAAUGAAACUCUUUGAGAUAGAGGCGUACAAGUCAUGGGUAGCAAUGGAACUCGAACAAGAAAUGGAAGUCAAAGAAGCUGAAGUAGCUGUGCAACAAGCUGAGGAUUAUCUUGAUUCAGACAUGGAAAGUGCCAUGGAUGAAUUUAGGAGGUUUGAAGUGGAAAUGGAACGCAUGGCGAUGAGUGAACUGGAAAGUUUAGAAAGAACUGCUGAGAGUGCUAGGAAAAUGGGAAACCUUUUGGAGAAAGCUGCUACUUUUGCUUCUAAGAAGUAUAUGGAGGCUGCACUUAAUUCUGCCACUGCUUCCAUGAAAACAGCUUGGAAGGGACUUUCCUCUAAAAAGGUUCAUCCUUCAUGAGAGACCUCAAUUUUUUUCUUCCCAUCCUUGAAUAUGUCCUCCUUUACCUUGUUCUAAAGAGCACAUGUAUGGAGCUCUUUUUUCCCUGUACUUGGGACUAUGAAUUUCCAGCCACAUGAUGAAGCUAUCUAUAAUAAGUUCCUAGCAUGUGAAAGUAAUCUUCCAUAUUUACCUGA